AUGGGAAAACGAAAACGAUUCACGGUACCAACUGUAAAUGGAGAAUACAGCGUUGACGACUUAUUUCGUUCAAAACCAAAGUUUGCCGUCAUAAAUCUGGAAGAUAAUAAGAACUCAGACCCAUUCGAUUUGGCUAAAAACUUGUUCAACCAAGGAUUUCCAACAGUUCAAUUUUACGACAGUCUGGCUCAAAUGAAUGGUCAGCCGGUUGGUGGACAAGUUAAUGAUACUCUACUAUCAGUUCUAACCAAAGUUCUUGUUCCAAAGAAAUCUAAUAAUGAUUGUGAUGUUAUUCAGAUCAACCCGAUGCCAACCUCUCCCACUCCAACUAAUCCAUACGUUCAAGACCCCGCCCACGCCACUCAAAUCUCCGCUUCUCUACCGAUUCCUCAUGUUCUCCCACAUGCCAACCAUGAUCCAACUCGACUUUUGAGUUCACUUCUCACUGCUGCAACCCAAAAUUAUUCCAAUGGAACCCUUUGUACAAAUCAGGCCAGAUUGAGAGAUAACAGAAAAGAGGCACCAAUACCCGAGGAGUAUCUCCCAUGCACUAAAUGUGGUGACAGACUACAGAUAACUGAAACUCCGCAAUUGGUGAAGCAUGUGAACCGUCAUUUCAAUAUAAGUGAAUACCAGUGCCCGGUUUGCCUAUUUAUGAAUGAUUCGAGCCAUGUGAUGAGGAAGCACUUGAAAUAUAUGCAUGGAGAAAAGAACCCUGUAGCAAUGAAAUCCCCAGAAAUGUCGUCUUCAGAAAUGCAGAAACUGUUAGAAGAGCACUUUCCGGGCCGUGAUGCUCAAAUGAAAAAAGUUAGGGAGGCAAGAAGCAGGGAGAAUUCAGUGGCAAGAUUCUCUACUAGCGGACUGAACUCCUAUUCCGCAUCCGCAAUUGACUCAGUCAGUGAAUCUGUUUCACAAGCGACAGAUACAAAAAGAAAUAAGAAAAAUAAUCAAAUACCACCGAUCUUCCCCACAACCAUUCCGAAUCCAUUUCUCAUGCAACCACAGCAAACAAUUCAAGAAAUAUUGAGAAUGCUCCAAGCCACUCCUGCUCCGCUGUCCGCUCCUCAAGUUCAGCAGCCAAAGAAAAUGAAAGUAUACCACUGCAGUUACUGUCCGAAGUUGGUCGAAUGCGAUCCCGGUACUGAACUCCGUUCGGACGGACAAUUGGCUCAGCAUCUGCGGACACAACACGCUCGAGAUUGCGUAGUUUACAAGUGUGGAGAGUGCAGUUACAAGCAUGAAACACAGUGGAAAGUGAGACGACAUAUCACAAUCCGUCACUUUAUGGUGGCUGAGAAGACUGAUGUGGUGGAGAGCAGACGUCCUGCAUGGAAACUGUUCUUGAGGAAGUUCUUUUACCAAUUGGAAGUUUAUGGAGUUAUAAAAGAAUGCGCGGAAGAUUUGGAAUGUGGGAAAUUGGAAAAGGAUAUGGAUAGAUGGAAGAAAAUGAUUGAAGCGAAACAGCAAAUGUUCUCUAGCACAUCGGAGCCAACGGCCAAGAAGAAGAGAGUUGAUGAAGAAUCUAAGGAAUCUGUGAUUACAAUUGAGUGA